AUGGAUCUUGUGAGAGAGAAAGUGUUGAAGGUGAAAGAGGAAAGGGGAGUCAGAUAUGAGCAGCCGACUGCUAAUUCAUCAAGAUCUGUUGCCAGCAACCGAGAGGCGAUUAUGGUGGGAUUUGGUGGCUACUUGCAUCAGCUCUUGGAUUUGCUCACCGGAAAUCAAUCUAGCCGCCAGAUCAUCUCAAUCGUCGGUAUGGGCGGUAUUGGUAAGACUACUCUGGCCAAGAAUACUUUUGAAAAUUCAAUUAUUAAGCGACACUUUGAUGUCCGUGUAUGGGUGUCUGUUUCAAAUGAUUACAAUUUGUCAGAUAUUUUCUUAGAAGCUCUUUCUCACCUAAAAGAACUCACUAGCACUAUUGAGAUGGACAAUGAAUAUUGA